AGGAAAAUUAUCAUCAAAAUAAAUAUUGUGACCGAGCGAUUUGCUCAUUUACCAAGUGGUUCCCGUAGUCUCCGUGCGCGCGACCACCCAAGUUACUGUUCCGGCUUCCGUGCUUUUUCGUUUCCUUCCUUUAUUUAUUUUCCUCAACAAUUUUUAAAACGGCACAGUGCAAUGAUAAAAUGUUGUUCAACAAGACGCUCUGUGUUGCGUCCGUUUGCUGCCAUUCUGGUCAUUCCAGCAGUUUAUAUUCUCUGCAGAAGUGCUUUUUCCUUCGUGACUUCGCGACAUCAGCUACAGACAUCACAUGAAUCGGUCGUCUACAUCAGAGAUGGACAACGACACUUAUUGGGGAUGGAUUACGGCGGGAUUGCAAACUGCUCGCCGGCGAAAUCGCACCACUUCCCUGAGCUGACACUGCCCGGCGGUGUCAUAGUCAAUAUCCUCGUGGCGGCCCUCGUCACUGGCUACCUUUUUGUAGCACUAGCCUCUAUCUGUGAUCAUUAUUUCUUACACAGCAUCAAACUUAUUUGUAAAAAAUUAGACUUAAGCACGGACGUUGCCGGCGCGACGCUGAUGUCGAUGGCAACUUCGUCACCGGAGUUGUUCAUAAAUUUGAUCGGCACUUUCCUCACCAAAGGAGACAUUGGGGUGAGCACGGUGGUGGGUAGCGGCGUCUGGAACAUGCUCGCUGUCCCUUGCUUUUGCAGCCUCUUCACCAGUGCGCCAGUGAAAGUAGACUACUGGCCACUGACGCGGGAUUCUUUGGUCUAUGGUGUGUCUGUGUUGCUUUUGGCCUACGCAGUCCGGGACGGAAGGGUGAACCAAAACGAGGCUACCGUCAUGGUUGUCCUCUAUCUUUCCUAUAUUGUAGCAAUGCUCUCUAUUUCAGUGAUGCACUACAAUAAAAGGAUCCGCUAUGCCAUCGAAUCGUUUUGCCGGCGACUAGCAGGUCGUGAUGCUGAAGAAACAACAUGGCUGCUUAUGCCCUGUCCUGCAAAAUAUACAAACAACUUCAACAACGGGGAAGAUUUCCUCGAUUUGGAGGAAGAUGAAGGAUUAGGUAGGCUCUAUAAAUGGCCAAGUGACUAUUCGCUUUGCGAGAACAUCGGUUGGCUCUUCACAUGGCCCAUCCGAUUCUUGCUCCACUACACUGUUCCUUCGUGCCACAAACCCGGCACCCACAACCUCUUCGCGCUUACUUUUCUCAUGUGCGUUGUUUGGAUCGGUAUUUGUUCCUACACUAUCGCUUGGAUGAUAACUAUCAUUGGAAACGAGCUGUCCAUACCUGACUCGGUGAUGGGUUUAUCGUUCAUCGCAGCCGGUAUGAGCAUACCGGAAACUGUGUCUUGCGUCAUCGUCAGUAAGAAAGGAAAUGGAACCAUGGCCCUGAGCAAUUCCUUCGGGUCAAGUACGUUCGAUAUAUUACUCUGUCUGGGACUGCCAUGGUUGAUCAAAGCAGUCUAUUUCUCGUCCAGUGGCGUUAUCACGAUUCACUCAAAGGGGCUUCAGUACAGCAUUUUCCUUCUCCUUGCACUCCUCGUACUUGUGUACGCCAUGUUCGCUGCCAACCGCUUCACAAUGGACAAAAAGAUUGGAUGGACAUGUUUGGUACUAUACAUCGUAAGCAUUACGCUGUCAAUUUUGAUUGAGUUGAAUGUAUUUUUCAUCGGAAAUUUGCCCUCAUGUUGAGUUCGAAGUUGUCACAGCUUCAAGGGAAUUUUAAGCAGCACUAGUGCAACGCACAUCGGUUCGCACGCAGUUUGGACUGUGUCCGUGAAAGUAAAAUUAAGUAUAUGCAUUAUUUAUAACCAAUUGCUCGUGAAAAUUGGUGCGCAUGUCCGUUACCAAGCAUAGGUAAUUAUGCCUUUAGCAUCAGGCAAAUUUAGAAAGAGGUUUGCGUGUAUGAUCACCAAACUUGCUCUCCUCGCCAAACAAUGAGGAGAAAACAUCAAGAAAAUUAUUCUUAAACCUGUUUGUUCGCAAUCACUUUUAAGUUGAAUCAUUGUUUACUUAAAUGAGGUGAUUAAAAAUAGGCGAAUCACCUACCGCCCUCUGAAAGAUGCAAAGUUAAGAGAUGCAAAAGAAGAGGAAAUAAUGAGAGCGAAUACUUUAGGGUGCUGACAGAAUUUUUCUGACCUAAUUUGGCUGGCGCGACAUAAAUGGCUUAUUUGCUUUGGAAAGAACUAAUACCCCUGUAAUCUUCACGAGGGUGAAUAACUGAAGACCUAUUAUGCAAUGGAUAUUCAUGUAGGUAAUAGUGUUUAAAUAUGAAGAGGAAAGAAAUUAAAAUGUUCAAGACUGUAGUUAUUGUUUUCCGAAAGAAUAAAAAUGCUUCUCCUAAUUAUAACUCCAACAUUAUAUACGUAGAUUUAUAAAAUUUACCUACUGUACAAACAAGUUUGAUUUAUUUUUAUUUUAAUAUGUUAAUAAAUAGUAGAAUAUAUGAAAUUCUACUUCUCUAGAUAUUAACAUUUUUUUUAGCUCUACUCAUAAAUGCUUACGGAUUGGUAUAGUUUAGUUUAUUAGCUACCUACUCCUAAGCAUAAAAUGAUAGCUGCGCACAUUGAUUGGUAUCUGAUCAUCAACAUGUAUUUAAAUUUGAUUGUAUAAUAAUUAUUGAAGUCAGAUAUAUACGUGUACUAACGUAUAAUGUGAUACUUCGUGACUUAUUUAUUAUUAGUUUGUUUCUGUCUAUUAUUCAUGCCAUAAUUUUUAAGGGGAAAA